AUGGAUAAGUCGAGGUUCUCAAUGCUGCUCUUAGAGCCUGGGGAAAUUUAUUUUGAAGACUAUUCAUGUGUACUUAAUCACAUUGCUUUGAAAAAUGAAAAUUCACAACAGGGAAGAUUGAAACUGUGUUCUAAAUCCCUUGUAUUUGAGCCAAGGGACUGGGCCCAUCCUCUGAUAAAGAUGCAAUUCAAAGAUUGUUCCGAUAUAACAAUAAUUGAAUCUAUUGAUAAAAAAAAUAAUGUAAUCAAAGUUAAAAUGAAAAUGUAUGCAGAAAUGCUAGAAGAAAACAUUCUGGCACCUUACAAAUUUAUUUAUGAAGACAAAGAUUUCUUUGUCUUCUUUGAUUUUGCAUCAGCUGAGGAAUGCUUGUGUCAGAUGCAACAAUUGCAACGAGCUUCCACUCUCCAUGCUCCGGAACACAACAGUAUGGUAGCUACUAUCCUCCAUUCAAGAUAUAUGAGGAUGGAAUUUGAUCCAGUGAUGAUGGAUGACUUUACAGAACAAAUUGUAUGUGAGCUUCAGGCUGAAAAAAUAUCACCUCUUGUGAGGCACCAGGGUAAAUUGGCCUUAACACCUACCACAAUAUACUUCCAACCAUUCAGCAAUGUUGAAAGUAGUCCCGUUCUGAAAUUGAAGCUGGCACAUUUGAGGAGGAUGUAUAAAAGAAGAUUUUUACUAAGGCAAGUUGGUUUAGAAGUUUACAGCGCUGAGGAGAGUUCAGUGCCUCACAUAUAUUUAACAUUCCAGUCGGACAGAGCUAGAGAUAGAAUAUACAGUAUAUUGCAGGAAUCGCCACAUGUCCAUUUGGAGAGUGUACACACUGAGGAAAUGACAUUGCAGUGGCAAAAUGGCAUUGUCUCAAACUACGAUUAUUUAAUGUACUUGAAUUGUCUUGCAGAUAGAAGCAAAAAUGACCUCACCCAGUACCCAGUAUUUCCAUGGGUAGUUGCAGACUACACUUCAGAAACGUUAGAUUUUAAUAAAUCGGAAACAUUCAGAGAUCUGUCGAAACCAAUGGGCGCACUAAACCCAGAUAGAUUGGAGAGACUGAAGGAAAGAUACCAUGAAAUGAGUGACCCAAAAUUUUUGUAUGGAUCACAUUAUUCGGCACCUGGCCUCGUGUUGUUUUAUUUAGUUCGCAAAUAUCCCAAAUAUAUGCUGUGUUUACAAAACGGAAGGUUCGAUCAUCCGGAUAGAAUGUUCAAUUCAGUCAAAGAUGUCUACAAUAAUUGUCUUAGAAAUAUGUCAGAUUUUAAGGAAUUAGUACCGGAAUUUUACGAUAUCGAAGGCAAAGGAGACUUUUUGAUGAACAAAUACGAAAUAAAUUUUGGUGAACGCCACGACGGUUCAAAAGUAAACAACGUGACACUGCCACCUUGGGCCAAGUCGCCGGAAGACUUCGUGUUCAAACUUCGAGAGGCCUUGGAAUCAGAAUAUGUUUGUAGACAUCUGCAUUUGUGGAUCGACCUCAUAUUCGGCUACAAGCAACGAGGCGAAGAAGCGAUUAAGGCUGAUAAUGUGUUCCACCACGUGUGUUAUGAAGGCGCGGUAAAUCUCGAAUGUAUUUACGAUAUGAACGACAGACACGCACUAGAAGUGCAAAUAAUGGAAUUUGGGCAAGUGCCAAAACAACUAUUCACGAAGCCGCACGUUAGAAAAAUUACACCGCGCAUUGCUAAGUCUUUAGCAUUCAACGACAAUCUCAGCUACAAGAUGGAAUGUGUUGAUGUGUUGUCACUUCACAAAGAAGCCGUGAAAUGCGCCAUUCGACAAGGCAAUAUUAUAAUAUCUGUGGGGAAGGAUGGUACACUGAAAGUGUACGAUAUUGUACAGAGAAAACAGAUACGAAGUGUAAUUCUCAGCUCAACGCCUUUGAGUUCCUGCGUAAUGGUUAAUGAAAAUACAGUUGCGAUAGGUGCCUGGGAUAACGAAAUAUAUUUGUACGAUGUGGAAUACGGGAGAGUAGUGGAAAGUUUUCGGGCGCACGACGACUCCGUCAGUUGUUUACUAUGGCUGGAUAAAGAACGUCUUCUGAUAUCGGGUGGUUAUGAUGGCGUGGUACGCGUGUGGGGUAACAUCUUCAGGACCGGGCAAGCCCUACGCGGACUUAAAGCUGAAUUUGACCAUGAUGGAAAAGUUACCAAUGUGACGUACAGACGUCGACGUCAUGAGAUCGACAUUAUAACCGCGACAGGGGACGGCGAGGUUUUUGUGUGGGAUUACACAACCCGAGAGCUCAAGAACAAGAUUUCUGUUCACUCAUCGCCCAUAAGCGGAGUAUGCUUUAUACUCUCCGGAGACAGAGUAGUCACUGCCAGUGAAGAUGGAGAUGUAAGCGUCACUGACCUCAGUGUGCUGCAUUCGGUAUAUCAGAAGCACUUACCGGAGCCCGUGACGUCACUAUGUUGGGACGGCUCUAGCGUACUGUGGCUCGGCGGCAGCAAUGGUUCCCUGCUGCAAUGGAACAUGCUCACCGUUACACAGACAAGCUCCCAUAUCGCACAUGAUUUUUCUAUAAAUAACGUGUACUUCGACGAGAUCUCAAAAACUGUGAUCACGGCCAGUGAAGACAAAACGGUGAAAAUAUGGAAAUUAACACAAGAUUCCUGA